AUGUCGGGCGUUUGCUUGAUUUGCCUGCAGCCCAAACCGGAACUGAUAAAUAUCGACAAAAACAUAAACGACAACGACUCCCUGUUGACGAAAUUAAUGGAUUGUAUUCCAGAAUUGGACUGGAGUAAACCGUUCGAGCUGUGCUACGCUUGCUCCCAGCAAGUCAACGAAAUCCAUUCGUUUAGACUACUGUGCAUCAGCUCGUACAAAUCGUACUGGCUUUUACGGAGCACCCAAUGUCUGAUAAAAGACGAGAAACCCUCAGAUUUGGAAUUGAAAAUCGAAUUAGACAAUAACGACUACGCCGAUAACUUAGCAUCAGACGAUGGCGAUUCCAAUAACGAGGCGAAAAGCAAAACCAAAAAAGUUUCUUGUAAAAUAUGCGGAAAAUCCUACGCUUCGAAGUACGUGUUAAAGAAACACACGAAGAUUUGUUUGUUAAAGCACGACGACGGCAACAAAAAUAGCGAAGCACCUUCGAUCGAAGACUUCAACAUCCCACCGUCCUGCUUAGAAUGCGGAAUGACCUUCAAAAACAAGUACUUGCAAAAGCGCCACCUGGACAACGUGCACAUAAAAGAAAAGAAAUUCAUCUGCGAAAUAUGCAACAGAGGAUUCGCUUCUUCGGUCUAUCUCAACGCCCACAAACGGUACCAUUCAGGCGAAAGGCCCCACGUUUGCUCAUUCUGCGGUAAAGGCUACAUAACGGCCAGCGAUCUCUAUCACCACGAGAAAAUCCACGCGAACAAAAGGAGCUACCGAUGCGAGAUAUGCCCCAAGGCCUUCAACACCUCCUCCGAUCUCUACAAGCACAAAAUCUGCGUCCACAUGGACCGAUCCCUGUGGAAAUACGCCUGCGACGUCUGCGACAGGAAAUUCCCAUUGAAAAUCAACAUGGAGAGCCACAGGAAGACGCACACGGGCGAGCGGAACUUCCCCUGUCAUCUCUGCGAUCGAAAGUGCAUCAACAUGUCGGUGUUGAAGAGGCACAUACAGACCCACUCGCACCUGUUCUUCUACAAAUGCGACGUCUGCGAGCAACCGUACAAGUACCAAAAGUCGCUGGAUAUCCACAAAGCCAAAGCCCACGGUAUCGGUACUAUCAAGAUACGGCCGACCGUCAAGAAAUUCGCCUGUCCGUUGUGCUCCAAAGCGUAUUCGGCCAAUAAUAAGCUGCAGAAACACCUGAGGGCGCACGUGGGGGACAAGCCCUUCAAGUGCCCCGAAUGCCAAAAAGGAUUCACCGAUAAAUCUUACGUGAAGCAACAUUUGAAAACCGCUCACAAUAUACCCGGCGAAGACGCGUAA